GAAGAAGCAUACAUACGUAGCCAAGAGAAUAGAAGAGGAGAGAGAAGAGAAGAGAAGAGAGAGAAAAGGAGGCAAGUAAGGAAGAAGAAGAAGGAAACGGGUGGCGCGAUGCGACGUCGGCUGUCGUGGUCGUGACCGCAACCGCCCCGCCUCCUCCUGCGAUUCCGAUCCGGCUCCCCGCCGUCCGCCCCGCUCCCAUUUCAAGCGAGGAACCAACCCUAGAUCCACCCUCCGCUCGGAUCCGCUCAGAUCUCCUCCAUCCGAUUCCGCAUGGCCUCCUCCUCCUCCUUCGGCCCCGAUGAGCAGACCGACGCCGACUUCUUCGACAAGCUCGUUGACGACGACGACGACAACCACCUCUCCACCGCGCCCGCCCCUGUUCCCGCCAAGGACGGUCACGACGGCUUGCCGGAGCCCGCCUUGGCUCGAGCCGUAUCCGGCCUCAGCCUAAUCGAUGACGGGCCUGGGGCGCCCGAGCCACCCGCUCCCGCCACGGAGGCGCCGCCUCCGGAGGGUGGGUCGCCGGGUUCAGGGAAGGUCGGCGGCGUCCACACUGCGGUCAAGCAGGCGCAGUGGGCCUCCUUUGGAGGUGACGCCGACGAUGGGGUUGAUCCAUUCGCUGAUCUCUUGGGAGGUGCCGGCGAGGAUGGCCUUUUCGGCAGCAUGGCCGGGAACCAGACCCUGGGGAGCUCGGUGGUUGGUACUGUGGGGGCCUCAGAUCGCGGCUUCUUCGGUGGGAAUCAGAGCUUGGCCGCUGAGGUGUCGGAUCAGGAUUUUUUUGCGGGAAGCUCAAAUCAGAAUGCUGAUGGGCAGCUGGAGCAGAGCGGCAGUGGUGCUGUGGAUUCCACGGAUCCCAAGUAUUUGGAGACCAUGUACCCUGGGUGGAAGUACGAUGAGGCAACACAGCAAUGGUACCAGGUUGACAGUUUUGAUACAACUGCGAAUGCUGCCCAGGUGGACCAUAGUAGUGAGAAUGUGCAGCAGCAGCAGCUUGAUGCUUCAUACCUACAGAAUUCAGCGCAUGCAGCGCUCGAGACAAUUGCUGAGGAGGGUGCCACCACAGGCGAUGUCUCAAGUUGGGGACAGGGGGGCGCCACGGAGUACCCACCCAACAUGAUGUUCUAUGCAAAAUACCCGGGUUGGUACUUUGAUACCAACACCCAGCAGUGGCACUCACUUGAGUCAUACCAGCAGGCUGUCAUGCAGUCUGGGACAGCUAGUGCAGUUCAGAAUGGUGCAAACCAUGGCGUUGUUGCGGCUUCUGGUGGGAUGGAUUAUAAUGUCAAACAAACCGAGGAUCUUGCUGUCCACAAUCAGGUGGCCCAACAUAACUCAUUCACGAAUGGUUACCCUCAUCAGAGCCAAUGGCAGACGGAUGCAUUUGGUAACACUAUGCAAUCUGAAAGUAUUACAGACAGUAGCCAGACAAGUAGUUUCUAUGGGUUUGAUCAGCAUGCAAAUGCUGGGACUAUCAGUUCCUCUACAAGCCAUCAGGUUGGUUUUAACACAGUCGAAACUGCUUCAAAUGUUGGACACAAGGGCUUAGACUUAUCAAGUCUUCAGAGUGGUUAUAACUCAACUGACAGUCAACAAUCCAGUUACAAGGUGUUCGAACAUUCAACAGGUUAUCAGGCCGGUUACAAAGGGUUUGAACCUGCAACGGGUCACCAGACCAGUCACCAGGUGUUCGAACGGUCCACGGGUAUUCAGGGAGGUUACAAGGCAUUUGAACCUUCCAUGGGUAAUCAGAGUGGUUACAAGGCAUUUGAACCUUCCACGGGUCACCAUAGUGGUUACAAGGGGUUUGUGCCUUCCACGGGUCACCAGGCUGGUUUCAAGGGGUCCGAAGCUUCCACAGUUCACCAGGUUAGUUACAAGGGAUUUGAACCUUCUUCAGCUCAACAGGCUGGUUACAUGGGAUUCCAACCUUCUUCAGGUCACCAGUCUAAUUACAUAGGAUUUGAAACUUCCACAAACCAGGGUUAUGGUGAUGUCAAUGGUAUCGUGAAUAGACAGGGCUUUGUCCCAACGGGGAGCAUUUACCACAGCCAGAGUCAAGCAAAUGCAAACCCACAAGGGCACUUGUCAAACAGCUAUUUGGGUACUGAGAAUUCCAUGAACUUCACUCAGCAACAAUUUCCAGGUGCAAAUGCUUCACAAUUGCAAUUCGGUCACUCCCCUAAUGAUGGGAGGUCAUCAGCUGGACGACCACCACAUGCCCUUGUUGUUUUUGGAUUUGGAGGGAAGCUUAUAGUUAUGAAAGAAACCAGCUCAAUGACCACAAACUUUAACAGUGGAAAUCAGGAGAAUUCUAGUGCCACAGUGUCAGUUCUUAAUCUAUCAGAGGUUGUUGUCAAUAAAGUUGAUCCGUCAAGCAUCACUAAUAGCGGUGCACUUAGUUACUUCCACGCUUUAUGCCGUCAACCUGUUCCUGGUCCUCUGGUCGGUGGAAGUGCUGCAUCAAAGGAUGUGAAUAAAUGGCUUGAUGAGAUGAUUACCUUGUACGAAUCUUCAGCCAGUGAUUUCCAGAGAGGUGAUCCUUGUAAGUUGCUUAUUUCAUUGCUGAAGAUACUGUGUCAACACUAUGGGAAAUUGCGCUCACCUUUUGGGUCCGACCCAUCACACGAGGAGACAGAUGGUCCAGAGAUGGCAGUAACUAAGCUAUUUUCAUCGUGUAAGAGAAGUAGUGUUCACAUGGGGGGUUAUGGAUCUGUUGUUCGCUGCAUGAAAAAUAUUCCCUCGGAAAGUCAGAUGCAGGCUGUUGCACAAGAGGUCCAAAAUCUUCUAGUUUGUGGGAGAAGGAAAGAGGCCCUUCAGUGUGCCCAGGGAGGUCAACUUUGGGGACCUGCAAUCAUACUGGCUUUACAACUUGGUGACAAGUUUUAUGUGGAUACAGUGAAGAAAAUGGCUCACUCCCAUUUUGUAUCUUGGUCACCACUGCGAACAUUGUGUCUUCUCAUUGCUGGACAACCCGCAGAUGUCUUUAAUGUAGAGAACAACUUCAAAAGCGACUAUGGUACACUAGGAGCAUCCCAUCAACCUAUGGAGCCUGGUCCUAAUGGCAUGUUGGAUGAUUGGGAGGAGAAUUUGGCUAUUAUAACUGCAAACAGGACAAAAGGUGAUGAUCUAGUAAUAACCCAUCUUGGUGAUUGCCUUUGGAAAGAGAAAAAUGAGGCUGCAGCUGCUCAUUCAUGCUAUUUAGUUGCUGAACUAAAUAUUGAUCCGUACUCUGAAAGUGCAAGGCUAUGCCUCAUCGGUGCAGACCACUUGAAAUGUCCUCGAACAUUUGUCAGCCCUGAAGCCAUUCAGAGGACAGAAGUUUAUGAAUAUGCAAAGGUGCUUGGUAAUUCUCAGUAUAUCCUGCUACCCUUUCAGCCAUAUAAGUUGAUAUAUGCAUAUAUGCUUGCUGAAGUGGGAAGGGUUUCUGAUUCUUUGAGGUAUUGCCAAGCGUCUAUGAAGGUGCUGAAAGCCUCUGGCCGUGCCCCUGAAUUGGAGGCAUGGAAACAAUUAUUUUCCUCCCUGGAAGAGAGGAUACGCACUCAUCAGCAGGGUGGGUAUGGUACAAAUCUUGCCCCAACAAAACUAGUUGGAAAGAUUUUCACCUCACUUGAUAAAUCUAUAUCCCGCAUGAUGGGUACACCAUCUGCACCACUUCCACCUUUGCCACAGGGCUCCGUUAGUGAUAGAGAGACCUACUCUGCACCUGCAGCUUCAAAAUUUGUAAAUAGCCAAUCGGUAAUGGCCAUGUCAUCGUUAAUGCCGUCCGCUUCAAUGCAGUCUAUGAGUGAGAUAGCAGAGAAUAGUGGUGGCACUGGCAGGAAAAUUGCACACAACAGAAGUGUUUCUGAGCCGGACUUUGGCAGAACCCCGAAACAGGGUGUGUCAGGAUCAGGUAGUUCCCGAUUUGGUUGGUUAGGCUCCACGCUGCAGAAGACAAUGGGAUUGGUGUCAAAAUCACACCGCCAGGCAAAAUUAGGGGACCAGAACAAGUUUUACUAUGAUGAAAAGCUGAAGCGGUGGGUGGAAGAAGGUGCUGCGAUUCCUGCCGAGGAACCCCCUCUCCCUCCACCUCCAACAAAAUCAUCUUUCCAGAAUGGUAUGCCGGACCAUAAGCUGAAUGGUCCCAUGAGUGGAAGCCAUGCUCCCAAUGGGGUCGUGGAAUGGAAAUCAAAUUCUUCAGAGCAAGGUUUGGGGAUGCCACCAAUCCCACGUAGCCAGAACCAGUUUUCUGCUCGUGGACGGAUGGGUGUCCGGUCCAGGUACGUGGACACGUUCAAUAAGGCUGGUGCGUCCGGAGCAGUGCCAUUGUAUAACAAACCAGCUGCUCCAUCUGUGACACCACCAGCUGGUGCCAAGUUCUUCGUGCCCACUGCAGCAGCAGCUGCUGCAGAUCAGAUACCUCACCAAGCAGCAGAGAUACAGAGCGAAACCGUCCAUCAGGAUGAGCGUUCAGCCUCACCGCCAGCAGAAACGUCAUUUUCUUCACCCCCACCAUCGACGCAAUUUUUAGCAGCAAUGCCAUCAACAAUUCAUCGGCAAUCGAGUAUGGACAACAUCUCCACUCCUUACCAGGGUUCGGGGGUGUCAUCAGGAAGCGACAGCAGCUCAUUCUCAAGAUCACGAGCUGCGUCAUGGAGUGGAACAUACUCUGAGCAGUUCAGUGCUUUUGCGGGCGCUAGAUCACCCGAUGGACAGACCACGCCUUCGCCACUCAUGCCUGGCAAACCCUCUCAUAGUCGUUCCAACAGCAACUCAUCUGUGCAGUUCAACGGAUUGACAGAGGAUCUCCAUGAGGUCGAGCUCUGAGAAUUGACUGCUCAGAGAAGCAUGACGAGUGCGAGUCAUGAUUUUCAUCCACAUGACCAUUCGAGAAAAACCCAAGCGGGCGAAAGAGAAAGGAGUUUCCUUACAGUAAAUCAAGGGGAUGGCGUGAGUGGAAUGGACCUAUGCGAUGUUGCAUGAGAUCCUGCGAUCCGCACUAAACCGAGGUGCAUUGGAGUUGUACAACAGUGCUGGUUUUUGAAUAUUUUUGUAGCUAUAUGUUAGUUUAUGGUUUAGAAGGAAAGAGAGAGACAAGGGAAAGAGGAGUUUUGGGUGUCCCUUGUUUACAUGUGAGAAGCAGCAUGUGGAUGCCACUGUACAGAUAAUCUGCCCUUAGCCAAUUUAUUGAAACGCAAGAAAAUUGACACCACCAUUCCAUUUUGUUUUUCUUUGAAGUUUUUGGAGAAGGAUAGAUGAGCGAGAUAUGUUCUAGUGUAAGAAAGCGUUGUUUACGUAGAGUGUUGUUGUCAUACUGUACCGUUCCAAACCUUAUAUUAUUUAUUACUGUUGUUAUUCUUUGGAGAUGAA